AUGAUAUCAUUCUUUCAAUCAAUUGGAUUGUUAAUCUUUAUUGCAUUACUGGUUACCUUUUAUCUUGAGUUGGUAGUUCCAUACUUUAAGAAUAGGAAGAACAGACAGAUUAAAUUCUCCAAGAAGAGUAAUGAGUUAAAUGAUGCAAGAAAACAACUUAUAAAUGAUAAACAGGCUGAACAAUAUAAUCUUACAAGAGAUAGUAUUGUAAAGACAAGGAAGAAGUUGGAGGAGAAGUUAUUGUCACAAUCAAUAGAGUUGGAGCCAACUAUAAAAGAUGACAACAAAAAGACAAAGACAAAGACUGGAAGGACAUUGAAAGGAGAUGUAGUCACUACUCCGGCCUCGAAUCAAAACUCAUUGGAUUGGGAGGCAAGGAAGAAGUUGGAAUUGGCAAUACGUCAACUGAACAUUGAGUAUGAGCAUUCACUGCAGACUGAUGAGGACAGAGAUGAGAAGCAAGAGAGGAUGCUACAAAAGUUAAUGGAUGCUGACGAGAAGGAAAGGAGGAUACAGAGGAUACAAGAACUGCGCGAUAACCUCAAGCCUGAACCGACUGAGGGCGAUAUCACAAGGAUCCAGAUAAGGUUCCCAAGUGGAGCGUGUCUGACCAGGAAGUUUAUGUACACUGACAAGGUCCAGGACUUGAGAGAGUUUAUCGAUUCGAAGGACUUGAUGCGAGAUGUUGAGUAUGACAUUGUGACCAACGCUCCAGCUCGUGUGUACUCUGAUGAUAGUGCCACUUUGGUCGAUGCUGACCUAUGUCCAGGAGUCUCUGUAAUGGUCGUAGCGAAAUAA